CUCGGGUCACGUGACCAUCUCCCGCAAUUGUCCCGUCGGAAGCUGAAGUCGGUGUUUCAACUGUGCCGAGGAAAGACUAGUUCUUUGUCUCUAUGCAUUUAGCAGCAUGUUAGUUGUUAUUACGAGUGGACAUUAGAUAUAAACGGUCUUACGGAUUGCAGUUAACCUCGGACCCAUGAUAACGCAGAGCCGUGCACCGUCGUCUGAUCGGAAUCAUCUGGCUGGAUUUUCAUCAGUUCAAGUACCAGUUCUCCUGUGAGCAUGAAAACGGACAGUACUUACAACCAGCUGGUGGACAUGGAGUGGAGGAGACAAGACAACAGGAGGACACAGCUGUUUUCCAGAUCUGUGGUUGCUCUGGCCACUGUGGCUACUGUGCUGCUGGCGUCCACAGCCGCCUACAACCUGCUGACACGGAGAGUUUCCUCCUCUCGUCCUGCCUCGAGCUGCAGCCUUCGUCUGCCCAAGGCCGAGUCCUGUUCAGACCCCUGCACGAUUGUCCUGGUGGAGAGCAUUCCCGAGGGGCUGGAGUUUAACUCCAGCACCACUCACCCUUCCAUCUUCCAGGCGUGGCUCAAUCUGAUGGCAGAGGCUCGCAGCAGUCUGGACAUCUCCUCGUUCUACUGGACGCUCACCAACAAAGACACGGGCACUCAGGAGCCGACGGCACAGCAGGGUGAAACUAUUUUGAAAAAACUGUCCGAGCUCUCAGGGAAGGUGUCUGUUCGCAUCGCAGUCAACACUCCACAGCAGAGUCAACCUCAGGACGACCUCCUGCUGCUCAAGAACUCAGGAGCUGACAUCAGGACGGUUAACAUGAAAGAGCUCACGUCAGGCGUCCUUCACACCAAGUUCUGGGUCGUAGACAAGAAACACAUUUUCAUUGGCAGCGCCAACAUGGACUGGAGGUCCCUCACACAGGUGAAGGAGCUGGGUGCUGUGGUCUACAACUGCAGCUGCUUGGCCACAGACCUCGGUAAGAUCUUUGAAGCCUAUUGGUUCCUGGGGGAGAGCACGUCGAUCCCGUCGCCUUGGCCCGACAGCUUCUCCACCGCCUACAACAAAAACACGCCUCUCCAGCUGCCGUUGAACAACACGCCGUCCAGUGUCUACCUAUCGAGUUCCCCUCCGUCGUUCUGUGCUGCCGGUAGGACUCCAGACCUACAGUCCAUCCUCAGUGUGAUGGAGGAUGCUGACAGCUUCAUCUACAUUGCUGUCAUGAACUACCUGCCCACCAUGGAGUUCUCACGUCCUAAAAGGUACUGGGAUGACAUCGACACCCAGCUGAGGCGAGUGGCCUAUGAGAAGCAGGUCAAAGUCCGUCUCCUGAUCAGCUGCUGGGCCAGCACACAGCCUGUCAUGAUUUCCUUCCUAAAGUCUCUGGCCUCAGUUUAUGACCCGAGGAACAAGCUGGACAUCCAGGUGAAACUGUUUGUGGUGCCCGCCACCCCUAAACAAAAGGAGAUUCCUUACGCCAGGGUCAAUCACAACAAGUACAUGGUGACUGACAAGAUCGCCUACAUAGGGACGUCUAACUGGUCAGGUGACUACUUCGUGAGCACGGCGGGCUCAGCGCUGGUUGUCAACCAGACCGAGUCACAGUCCCUGGAACCAACGGUCCAAUCGCAGCUCAGAGCCGUGUUUGAGAGAGACUGGGAGUCGGACUACAGCACUCGUGUCACCCAGCACUCACACUUCAAACACUUGUGUUAGGCUCAUGCUGCUAGUUCACACUAUAUCAGACUACACAGAGUGCAUGAAAUCAGGAGACUCCCACAAGCAGACUACUGCACACGUGUGUAGAAUGAGUAGUUUUCAGCUGUUACGUGUAGAGGCCAGUAUGCUCAGUGUACUCUGACUUCAUUCUUUGGUUCGUGUGUAUCAGGUUACCUAUGAACUAUCACUUGUAUCAUAUCAAGCACAAUCAUUAGUUUCCUUCUUCAGCUUCAGUGGGACUUUUGUAUCCCAGCGUAUCUCAGGGAGCACAGUUUGCUGGGAUAACAAAUCACGUGCUCGGUACAGGUUUUUUAACAUCUCCUCAUUCUAUUGGGCUAAUUUUAAAUGACUUUCAUACUAAAGUGGGCUGUGAGUGCAGGUAGAAGCAGUAAAUGAGGAGGCUGAUCUAAUUUCCACUGUGUGGAGUGAACGGGUCGCAGCCUGCUUAGGAAAAGCUGUGGGGCCGAGCAGGUGCUGUGUCCAGUACACGUCCCCUGUCUCUGAAUAAAAGUGUUUGGAUCAAAUGUGUUAGAACCUGAUUCAAUUUCCAUUGCCCUCGCACACGAAUAGAUAAAGCAGCAGAAACCCUAUUUAUACAAGAGAGUUUAUCUGUGAAACAGCAGGUCUCAGCGCCCGCGUUGUUUUUGUUUCAUUACAUUAAAUCACGAGACACUUCUUUUCCUCACA